AUGUUCUACUUCAUUCUUUAUCUCGUCUCCCAGCUGGCUCUGGUCGCCGCAUGGGUUUCCGGCACUUUGGACCCCUACCAGAAAAGACUGCAAGAAAUUCUGCUUGAUCAAAUGGGCGAGACAAAGGUUUCAUUUGGUCUGAAAAAGAGCCUGACCGCGAAGAAGCUUAUCGAGGAUGAGAAUCUCUCCAAGAUCCAGGAUCAGCUAGGGAGCCAACUCGGGGGUAUUUUCGGGAAAGGUGGAAUGGGCCAGGGCCUUGGGUCUGUGUUGAGCAAAGGGCUGUGA